AUGAUUGUCGUUACGGCCACGUUUUUUUCUCCCUCUCUGUGCGCCCUCCCUGCCCUCGCCUGGGAAGGACAGAUGAUUGCGCUCCCCCAUCCGUGUUUGAUAAGAAGACCGGUGCUCUACGUGUUUCCACGCGUGUUGAAGAGGUCGCUGGGUACCACCAGGACACAAGUGAAGGCUGAGGAUGGCCUUGACCGCUCGCCGUUGCAGUUCAUCUCGAACAGUAUACUGAAGACCAAUUCGAAGCUUGCGAGAGCGCUGAGCUGCACGGACGACGUGUCCACAAAGCCUACUCUGGAAACCUCCCAUAUUCCAUUUGAAGUGAAGCAGAAGGAUGUCAACGGUACCGAUAUCAAGACUGCGCAGAAGGGGCUCAUAGCGCCAUACGUGGCGCUUUCCAAGCCGAGACUGACUGCGCUGGUUGUGCUGAGUGCUAUCUGCUCCUAUGCGCUCACUCCUUACAAUGCUACGAUCCCACAGUUGUUAAACCUGACUCUUGGGACUGCUCUCUGUUCCGCCUCUGCAAACGCCAUUAACCAGGCAAGGGAGCCUGAUUUUGACAAGCUCAUGGCUCGUACCGUUGGUAGACCAAUAGCCUACGAGUUUGCUGCAGUCGCAGGAACAGUGGGUGUCACAGUGCUCUGCGCAGGUGUGAAUACCACGGUGGGGUUACUGGGUGCAUUCAAUAUCGUUCUGUAUGCCUGGAUGUACACGUCAUUGAAACGUACACAUAUCAUAAACACCUGGGUAGGAGCGCUGGUUGGUGCAAUCCCACCUUUGAUGGGAUGGGCCUCGUCGUCUCCGCUAUCUGACCCAGGUGCUUGGUGUUUGGCAGCGUUGUUGUACGCGUGGCAGUUUCCUCACUUUAACGCAUUAUCACACGGUAUACGUCAAGAUUACAAGGGGGCAGGUUAUGUCAUGACCUGUUUUGUCAAUCCAAGGCUUAAUGCCCGUGUUGGGUUCCGUUAUGCCCUACUCAUGUUCCCAAUAUGUUUCUUAUUAACCUACUAUGGAGUGACUGACUCAGUCUUCCCCUUGGAUUCUGGUAUACUGAACGGCUGGAUGGCUUACUGGAGUUUUAUGUUUUGGAAACAGCAACGUCUCAACUAUGCUAAGGGCAAGACACCAACAGCAGAGGGAAUGAAACUGGCAAACAUGUACGCCAAAAAGACCUUUUGGGCUUCUGUAUGGCAUCUGCCGGGGGUUUUAAUCCUAGCAAUGCUCCAUAAAAAGGGAAGAUGGGAUUGGUUAUUUGGUAAAGAUGGUGCUUUCGAAAGCUGA